CGCGCCCCUUCCGUAGGGUCAUGUGACUGGUGCAUUAACUCUGUGGCUGAAGUGUUUCGCUGCUUGUGUUGUCCUCAGGCGACGCGUUUUUAUUUCACUGAAUCUAAGUAAAAUAAUAAUAAUAAUAAUAAUAAUGGCAACUUUAGUCGCGAAUCCGGUGGACCUCAACGGGCCAGAAUCUGCAGCCCGACAGCACGCGCAGGCUGUGAUACGGAACUACCUGUCCCAGCCCCGGCUGACUUACUCCACUGUCUCAGGUGUUAAUGGCCCUCUGGUCAUCUUGGAUAACGUCAAAUUUCCUCGCUAUGCUGAGAUCGUCCACCUCACCCUGCCUGAUGGCACUAAGCGGAGUGGACAGGUGCUGGAGGUGAGCGGCAGCAAGGCUGUUGUUCAGGUGUUUGAAGGGACCUCGGGGAUCGAUGCCAAGAAGACCGCAUGCGAGUUCACAGGCGACAUCCUACGCACUCCUGUAUCUGAGGAUAUGCUGGGACGUGUAUUCAACGGCUCGGGGAAACCCAUCGACCGCGGCCCAAGCGUUCUGGCUGAGGACUACCUGGACAUCAUGGGCCAACCCAUCAACCCUCAGUGCCGUAUCUAUCCGGAAGAGAUGAUCCAGACAGGCAUCUCUGCCAUCGAUGGCAUGAACAGCAUCGCCAGAGGACAGAAGAUCCCUAUUUUUUCUGCUGCUGGUCUGCCACAUAAUGAGAUUGCCGCUCAGAUCUGUCGCCAGGCCGGUUUGGUGCAGAAGUCGAAGGAUGUCAUGGAUUACAGCGCGGACAACUUUGCCAUCGUGUUUGCUGCUAUGGGAGUCAACAUGGAGACCGCCCGUUUCUUCAAGUCAGAUUUUGAGGAGAAUGGAUCCAUGGACAACGUCUGCUUGUUCCUGAAUCUGGCCAACGACCCUACGAUUGAGCGCAUCAUCACCCCGCGACUGGCUCUGACCUCAGCCGAGUAUCUGGCCUAUCAGUGUGAGAAGCACGUGCUGGUCAUCCUGACGGAUAUGAGCUCCUACGCAGAAGCUCUAAGAGAGGUGUCUGCUGCUCGUGAGGAGGUGCCAGGCCGUCGUGGUUUUCCUGGUUAUAUGUACACCGAUCUGGCUACGAUCUACGAGCGAGCCGGCAGAGUGGAAGGCAGAAAUGGAUCAAUCACACAGAUCCCCAUUCUCACCAUGCCUAAUGAUGAUAUCACUCAUCCCAUCCCUGAUCUGACUGGUUACAUCACAGAGGGUCAGGUCUAUGUGGACCGGCAACUGCACAACAGACAGGUGUAUCCUCCGAUCAACGUCCUGCCAUCCUUGUCGCGUCUGAUGAAGUCUGCCAUUGGGGAGGGCAUGACCCGCAAAGACCACUCGGACGUCUCGAACCAACUGUAUGCAUGCUAUGCUAUCGGUAAGGAUGUGCAGGCGAUGAAAGCCGUGGUAGGAGAAGAAGCUUUGACCUCUGAUGAUCUGCUCUAUCUGGAGUUCCUGCAGAAGUUCGAGAAGAACUUCAUUUCUCAAGGGCCUUAUGACAACCGCACGGUUUUCGAGACUCUGGAUAUCGGCUGGCAGCUGCUGCGUAUCUUCCCCAAAGAGAUGCUGAAGCGAAUCCCGCAGAGCACGCUGGCCGAGUUUUACCCGAGAGAGUCGGCUGCACGUCAUGGCACCUCCUAACCCUGAAGGACGAAGGUCAUUGACCUUUUUACCUCCAUCUGUGUGUUCUUCCAUCCUGAGUUCCAAGUACAGUAAUGCUUUAAACACGGGGCCUGAUACUACUGUAUUAGAACUUGCCAGUAUACUCCGGUUCUGUAUUAGACUCAAUCCAGAUGUGCUCUUGACUAAAUAAACACGCUCUUCAUCGGCCCUGUGUGCAAAGUGUUGCUCAGUGCUUUUGGCUCAGUGCUGUUUGUGCUUUUGUGUGUAACGGAUUUAUUCUACUGUAGUGCGUUUAUGUUGUGUUUUUAUUGUUUUGUGUGUGCCCCCCCCCCAGAUGUAACCAGCCCUUUAAAUCAGGUAAUAUAAAUGCUGGACCUUAAUUUCAUUCUCUGUUAAGUUUUUCCUCCAACCUGAAGAAACUGUCCUGAGCUGAAAGGAAACAAUUCAUUGACUCCUUUACACUGAUGUUUGAAUUCAUCCCUUUUAAAAAUGUGUGUUUAUUAAUAUUCCUGUAUUCAUUCCGUGUCUGUUAAAGCAAUAGAAAUACAGCUGGGACCAUUUCAAGAAGCUGCAUUUAUUUAUUUUAUAAAUCCAGACUUUACACAGACAAGCUGAUGCAGUGUACAGCGUUCGUUAUAAAGCAGUGCAAUGUGACGCGUUUGCGGUUGAACCUGAUCAUUGAGUGUUAAAGCUGGUAGUUCUCAGGUGCAGUGUCUCUCUCUCUCUCUCUCUCUCUCUCUCUCUCUCUCUCUCUCUCUCUCUCCACUGGGUGCAUCUUGCGCUUUUCAUGCUUGACUCCUGAAUAAAAACAUCUGAGACGGGUGACCACUGCAGACUCCUAGAGUGAAGCAGUCUUACGGCUUAUUCCUUCCCUUCAGCUCCAGUCAUUUUUCUUUUGUUGGCUGGGCAUGGAAUAUUUUUACAUUUUGCAUUAAGUGCUGUGAUGCAUUCUACAAAUCAUGUGAACAUUCCCCUUGGGUGUAACGCUCAGAUUUCAACUAUAUGCAAAUAUUCUGUUUGUGUUUGAUUAAAAAUUAAUGAAAUUAUAUUCUGA